GCGAACGGGGGACCAAUUAACUUUAUUGACUUGAAGAAGCUGAGCCUGCAAAUUUGUCAGGGCCUUUAUGUCCGAGUGUGAGCGGUCACCACCGACUGACCCCUAUGUUGCUUAUUGUUUUGUUUGGUAUUACAUUAAUUAAUUCUCCUUCGUUGGAAAUUCUGGACACUUUUUGUCCUGUGCUUGGAUUUUUCAAAGAUGAGAUGAUCUGAGAUGAUACCUUUGUUUUCUGGGUUUCGGCGCUUUUAUCUGUCUAUUAAUAUUGAGGUUGGGAAUUGAGAGCGAAGGUAAGAGAAUCUAAAGGUUUGGGUCUCCAUGGAAGUUGCUGCUGGCGCUGGUACUGGUCCAAGUGGCAAAUUAGAGAAUGGGAAAAUGGACAACUACCCGAAGGAGCUCGAUGCCGGAGCUCUCUUCGUCCUUAAAUCUCGAGGGACAUGGCUGCACUGUGGAUAUCACUUGGCUACAUCCAUUGUGUGUCCAUCGCUGCUGAGCCUUCCGUUUGCCCUGAGUUUGUUGGGCUGGGCCGCUGGGACGACAUGGCUAGUACUGGCUGGCAUGGUCACCUUCUACUCGUUCAAUCUCCUCUCUCUUGUUCUUGAACAACAGGCGAACCUUGGGCAUCGCCAGCUCCGCUUCCGAGACAUGGGCACAGAUAUCCUCGGGCCACGGUGGGGUAAAUAUUAUGUCGGCCCGCUUCAGUUCUUGAUCUGCUACUGCUCUGUCGUGGCCACUGCUGUUCUGGGAGGGCAGACCCUCAAGACAAUCUACUUGCUUGCUAGACCAGAUGGGACGAUGCAGCUUUAUCAAUUCAUCAUCAUCUUCGGACUUGUAAUACUGUUCUUGGCUCAAAUCCCAUCCUUCCACUCCCUCAGGCACAUAAACCUCGUGUCCUUGGUCCUCUGCCUGGUUUACUGUGUCUGCACGACAGUUGGUUCCAUAUACAUAGGAAGGUCCAAGAAUGCACCGAUAAAGGAUUACUCGUUGCAAGGAACCAGAGAAGAUCGCAUACUCAGUGCUUUCAAUGGUAUUUCAAUCAUCGCUACAAUCUAUGGAAGUGGCAUUAUUCCUGAGAUACAGGCAACUAUAGCCCCUCCGAUAAAGGGCAAGAUGUUCAAAGGCCUCAUUGUUUGCUACCUGGUGAUCAUCACGACUUACUUCAGCGUUGCGAUAUCGGGGUACUGGGCAUUUGGUAAUCAAGCCAAAUCAGUAAUUCUCAGCAAUUUCAUCGGCAAAGAUAGUAAUGGCCGAGAUCUGCUUCCCACUUGGUUCCUUCUAUUGACCAAUGCCUCAACUAUCGCUCAAAUUAUUGCAAUUACUCUGGUAUAUCUUCAACCAACCAAUGAGCUGUUUGAGAAGAAGUUAGGUGAUGCAAAGUCGGAUCAGUACUCCAUGCGCAAUGUUGUGCCAAGGCUGAUCUCUCGGUCCUUGUCGGUCAUCACUGCAACGCUUUUCGGGGCGAUGCUGCCAUUCUUCGGGGACAUCAUGGCGCUUUUUGGGGCAUUUGGGUUUAUUCCUUUGGAUUUCAUCCUUCCAGCUGUAUUCUAUAACGUAGCCUUCAAGCCAUCCAAGAGAGGUGCGAUAUUCUGGGUGAACACGACCAUUGCUGUUAUCUCUUCAAUGCUAGCAGGGAUUGGGGCGGUGGCAUCAGUUCGACAAAUGAUUCGUGAUGCCAAGACUUACAACUUGUUCGCUAAUAUGUAAUCAGCUGUGUAUCUGAUUUACCAGGAGAAUAAUUAACGACGAAUAAACUUCAUUUACUUGCAUAUAUAUUUCUCAGGUUAUGACAAUAUUCCCCAGGAUAUCAUAUGGUAAACAUAUGUACAUCUAGCAUACGGUAAACAUAUGCACAUUUGUAAAUUUAUAUGUAUUUAAUCAUUAUAUAAGUGUAAAUGAUUUGACCGUAGUUGUUA